AUGCGUGUGGUAUUUCAUUCUGAAAACUGGACUCCUAGCGAGUUUCAGCCAGUGGAGUCGGUCACCCCGGGCAUGGAGGAGAGGGAUGAAAAUGCGAGUGCCAGUGAGAUGAUACGCAAACAAAACAACCAAAUCAUCAAACAGAGCACAGAGAAGUUGGGCGACAGAGGGAACACCGCUCGGGGCAGGAACACCAAGUCUAUUCCAUCCCCUGUUACAACCCAGGUACUGUUACGACCCAGGUACUUAAAGAAAAAGGACGCAGUUCAAAUACAGAAGAUGGGGAGAGAAGAGAAGCAAGAUCUGGAUCAGCUCUAG